AUGUCAGACAGUCUCGAUGAUGAUCCCCCUAUUAGCUCAGGAUCCACCCCUCAUGGAACGGAUGGCGCUUUCGAUCGGGUAAUGAAAGUGGCACAGAGAACCAAAACAGUGCCUGCUAUCUUUGUUCACGCCGGGGCUGGGUUUCACAGUCAUCAAAAUGAGCACAUACAUCUUCAGGCCUGUGUUGCUGCGGUUGAGAUGGGCAUGAGGUUCCUCAGAGCCGGUGCCAGCGCAACUGAGGCCGUCGAAGCAGCCCUCCGGAUCCUCGAGGAUAAAGAAGUUACCAACGCUGGGUACGGCUCUAAUCUUUCUAUUGAUGGUGUUGUGGAAUGCGAUGCCACCGUAGUGGACCAUCUUGGCCGCAGCGGCGCCUGUGGUGCUGUUCCUAAUAUUCGAAACCCGAUAUCCCUGGCCAAACUCGUUCUAGAUAUGAGCAAUAAACCAUUGAGCCUGAGGCGAGUUGCACCAAACGCUCUUGUUGGAGAGGGCGCCAGGGCUUUCGCAGAGGAGCAUGGUCUGAUGAUAUACCCCAAUGAGUAUAUGGUUUCGAAGAAUGCUAGAGACCGCUUUCUGCGCUGGCAGGAAGACUUGAAGCGAGCUGAGUCGAAGGGUCAAGAGUCCAAAGCUUUGUCUGAAACUGUUGAUACAACAGCAACAUGUCCCCCGUGCCAGUACGAUACAGCGUCGCCGACAAAGCCACGUUCAUCACUUCCGCGUGAUCAACGGCCUGCGGUUCUUGUCGGUACUUGGAACGAGGGACAGCCUGACUCUCCUUUCACUGGUACACCGAUCCAAGAUGUGGCGUCGCCAGAUCAAUUGACAAGCACAAGCUACUUCAGAGCCACAGGCACCUCUCCCCCAACAGUCGGCCGUACUUCGUUUACCCGGAGUCCUCAGGAGGGAGCGACACAGACGUAUGCUGGUGUUGUGAGUGGUGCCCAGGAUGUAUUGUCCUCCCCAUUUCGACCUAGUCUAUCUCGAAAAUCCAAUUCUUUAGCUGAGGAUUUUAAACCUGUCUUGCCUGAGAAUGCAUCAAUCCGCCACAAGCACCAUGCACACGCCUCAAACAAGGUCGAUAAUACAUCACCACGAACUCCUACUGGGAAUAGGGGCAACGGCCUUGAUCGCCAAAGCUCCUCAGGUCCUCGUGGGGCUAAGCGACCUCUCAGUCCUGAUGAAAAAUCGCAGCCUCAUUCAAGAGCUGUACACGACCGCCUUCAUUACGGGUCUGUUAGCGAGGACGUCAUUACAGACACUAUUGGUGCCAUUGCGAUCGAUGAUCGAGGCCAAAUUGCUGCUGGCUCAUCUUCAGGUGGUAUCGGAAUGAAGCAUCGAGGCCGUUUAGGACCAGCUGCUCUUGUGGGAGUUGGCACGGCCGUUGUGCCCUGUGACGAUGAGGAUGACGAUGAGGUUGCUGUCGCUGCAGUCACAAGUGGCACAGGAGAGCAUAUGGCUACUACCAUGGCCUCCCAGCGAUGUGCGGAGAGGAUUUACCAUGGCACAAGACGUGGAAAAGGAGGCGCCAACAUUCAGGACGACGAUGAAGAUGCCAUCAUGGAGUCUUUCAUUGCUGAGGACUUCAUGAAGCAUCCCGGUGUCAAGAAUUGCCAUUCAGCAGGUGCCAUUGGUGUCAUGGUGGUCAAGAAGACGCCUUCAGGCUACUAUUUCUACUUUGCUCACAACACAGAUUCCUUUGCCCUCGCUUCGAUGGGAGGUUCGGAAAGACAGCCCGUCUGUACGAUGUCUAGACUUUCUCAUGGCGCCAAGAUCGCCAAGGGUGGACGUAAAGUCAGAUGCACCAUUGUACAAAAAUAG